CGAAUUCACGUCGACGGUCAAGGGGAAUACGUGUGCCGCGUGCAAAACAAUCGACUGUCGAUAGAAAAUUCUGUUCGACUGACCAUCCAAGCGGCACCCAAUUUCACGAUUCCUCUGACCGACAAGCACAUGGACAAUCGAGGGAACUUGACUUGGACAUGCGAGGCCUUCGGGAUCCUCGACAUUACUUACGACUGGUUCAAGAACGGAGAGCUCCUGGACCCGGAGACUCUCCUCUCGGACGACAGAGGCGACAGGUACAGCAUCA